AAAGAAUGCUAUGGGCCUUUAAAUGGAAAUUGUUUAGAAUGUGAAUCACCUUACUAUUUGUAUAAAUAAAAAUGUUAAUCAACUUGUCCAUCAUCAUUAUACACUGACUUAACAGAUAGAACUUGCAAAGAAUCUUGUCCAUCCACUACUAUUAUAUAAGGUUAAUAUUGUAAGACCAAGUGUGAUAUCAAUUAUUCUUAGUAUGGUUAAAUUUGUGUGGCAAUAUGUCCAACAUUUACCUACAAAUCAAAUUCAAAAUGUUUACUUUGUAAUUCUGUAUGUAGGACUUGUAAUGGACCCUUAGUAAGUAAGUGUUCUUCCUGCUUGUAAAACUAUUUAUUAAAUAAUAAUACAUGUACAUAAACUUGCCCAAACCUAUAUGACUUCGAAACUUAAAAAUGUGUCAGCACCUGUGGUAAAAAGUAUGAAUUAACUGACUUCAAAAGUUGUGUGACAACUUGUCCAAAAGGAUAUUUAAAAUGUACUAAAAAUUACGGAGUAAAUUGCAUUUAAUGCAAUAGCAGAUGUACCAAAUGCACGUCACAAACUGUAUGCUAGGCAUGCAGUAAAAACAACUUUCUAACUUUUUAAACCUGUGCUAAUUUUUGUAUGAAUAAAUAUCUUUAUAUGGAUCCAACAACAUAGACUUGCGUUACAAAAUGUCCACCCUAACUUUACCAUUAAGAAUCCUAUGAUAAAAGGAGUUGUGUUGAGGAUUGUCUCUUUGGCUUUAAAUUUAAUAAUUAAUGUGUUGAUUCUUGUCCUAAAGGAAUGUAUGUUAAUAAUAAUUUCUGUAUGAAUUGCCCUUAGACUUGUAAAGAAUGUACUUCAGUAACAAAUUGCACUGUAUGUGGUAAAGAUUAUUUUUUGGAAAAUGGACUUUGUUAAUUAAGUUGUUUAGUUGGUAAAACUGAUUACAAAAACAAUGCAUGUGUUUCAUAAUGCGAUCCAUCAUUAUUUGAAUAUAAAAAUAAAUGUUUAGAAAGUUGUCCCACAAAUCCAGUUGUUUAUUAUCAUUCAAAUAUCUGUAUGGAUGCAUGUCCGAAUAGUACAUUCUAGAAUAAUUAAGAGUGUUUGGAUUGCGAUGUGUCAUGUUCAUCAUGCAUAGGCCCAUCAAACAAUGAUUGUUUAGUUUGCAAUGAAACCUACUAUUUGCUUGACUAAUAAUGUAUUCUCACUUGUCCUUAUUUAUAUAAUGAAGUAGAUAGAUCUUGUGUUAUUUCUUGUCCUCCAAAUUUUUUUUAGAAUGGAAGUAGGUGCUUUUAAAGUUGUAAUUAAUACAUGUACUUUGAUACUUGUGUGUCUAGCUGUCCACCAGCAACAUCCCAUUCAAAUUUCAUUUGCUAUGAUUGCUCUUAGGAUUGUCUUGAAUGUGAUUCUUUUGGCUGCAAUAAAUGUGGAAAUGGAUCAUUUUUAAAUGAUGGAAUCUGUACUAAUUAUUGCCCUUAGUUUUACAAUAUUAUCUUAAAUCAAUGCGAGGAAUAGUGUCCAAAAGGUGCAUUUCUUUAUAUCGAUCAAUGUCAUGCAUCCUGUCCAGCCAAUACAUAUACAUAUCUGUAAACAUGUCUUUUAGACUGUCCUUGGAAAACUGUUGCAAUAGAUUCUAUUUGCUACUAAUGCCCAGAGAGAUGCUCAGCUUGUAAAAAUUAAUAUGAAUGUCUGAAUUGCGACCCACCUUAUUACUAAUAUAAAGGAGAAUGUGUAGUGGCGUGUCCAAACGUACUUCCCUAUUAGAAUAAAGUUUACCAUGUAUGUUAAUCAGAAUGUUCUCCAAAUACAUAUGAAAAAGGAUAUGACUGUAUUAAAGAAUGCGAUUUAAUUAUUUAUUAGAAUAAAUGUUUAAAAGAAUGUCCUUAGGGAUAUUAUGGUGAUACUAUAUGCAAGGCAUGUAAAUUAGAGUGUAAGGCUUGCACUGAUUUUAACAUAUGCACAGAAUGUUCAGACAAUUUUUACCUAGAGCAUAAUUCAUGUGAUACAUUAUGUACAAGAAUCAAAGAUUUGAAAUAAAAGAAGUGCGUUGAUUCAUGUUCCUAACUUUUGUAUCAAAAUGUGUGCUAUGAAACUUGUCCUGUGAAUACAUAUUAAUAUGGAAAUACAUGUCUUCAAAAGUGCUUAGAUGGAUAUUUUGGUUCGACAGAAUUCAAAUGUGAACAAUGCCCUUCUUAAUGUAUCACAUGCACAACUUUUAAGUAGUGUAACAAUUGCAAAAUUGGAUAUUAUUUAUAACAGCAAUAAUGUUUAGAAUAAUGUCCUGAUACAUCAUUUUCAAAUCCAUUAAUCAGUCAAUGUUCAUAGUCAUGUCCAGAUAAAACUUAUAUCUUUAGAAAUUAAUGCUUGUAUGAAUGUCCAAGUGAUUAUUUUAAUGACACAGAAAGUUAUAAAUGCGUUUCAUCUUGUAAAAAGCAAUAAUAUCUUAAUAAAAAUAGUUGUUAUCCCUGCUCUUUUGAAUGCGAUUAAUGCACAGCCUAUGGAAAUUAAUAUUGCAUAUAAUGUGCAACUAAUUAUGUAUUAAUAGAAGAUGGACGUUGUUUUGGAAAAUGCAAAGCUGGUUAUUAUUAAACAUCAAAUUCUUGUGAAAAAUGCUUACAUAAAUGUCUAACUUGUUAGAAUGGCUCAGAAUGUUUAUAAUGCAGAGGAAAUAAUAGAAAUCAACUUGAUUGCUCAUGUCCAAAAGGAUUUUAUGAUGAUCCAUUCUAUGAUAAUUGUUAAUAAUGUCCAUGUGAGGAAUGUACUUCUGAAUCUAAGUGUCUAGUCUGCAAAAAUAAUCUCUAAGUUCCAAACUGUUCAUGUAAUAGAAGACUUAAUGACGAUUGGUGUAUUAGUUGUCAGAUAGCAUCUGUCAAUAUAUAUUAUUCGGACGAUCUAAAUUCAAUAAUAGUUUAUUUUGGAUAUUUAAUAUCUGUUAAUUUAAUUAACCCUUUCUAACCCUCAAGUUGUUCUUUUUGGUUUAAAAAUGCCGAAAUAUUUGGACAAAAUGCUUAAUGCUACUUGUCAUGGGACAGAUAUGUGGUUCACAUAUUAUUGGAGCCCUACGCCUCUGUCAAUAUUGGAGAUAAAUUGAGCUUCUAAUAAUCCUUCUAUCGAGAUGUAAAUGAAGGUCUUUGUGAUGGAAAAUAUAUUGAGACAUUUAUUGAUAGUACUGUCAAGGGGCCAUCAGCCUAAACUAAACCCUAUGUACUUUUUGAUGUGCCAUCAAUUGUGAGUACCUGUAAGACAAUUGAAGUGAAGCAAAUAUUACUGGAUGGAACAGCAAAGAGGGUUUAAAAAGUGUUAUUUUGGACUCUUCACGAAAUGGAAAACGAAAAUCAUUAUUUAUAAAUGGAUGCAUUUUUGGCAGAUUAAAAAAAUGAAUUCAUCAUUCCUAUAGGUACCCUAGCCUCUAAUGUUACUUAUACCAUAACAGUCAAAUAUAUGAAUUUUAUUAAAAGAGUGAAUUUCACAACCUUCACGUUCACUACCCUACCAGACCUUAUUCCUUAUGUUUUUCUAUAAUAUAAUCCUUUAAUGGCUAGGGUUUAUGUUUUCGAUUGUAAAAACACAUAUUCUGAUAUGAAAAAUGAAUUUGAUGUGGCCAUUAAAAUUUCUGAUUUAGAUAAUAAAACUUACAUUUCCAUACAGCAAUCCAUUAACCCCAUUUAUGAAGUCCCAUUAAAUGAAUCUCUAUUACCAAAAGAAACCCCAUUACUUUUUGUGGCAUCAACAAUAAACUAUGUAAUUCAUGAAAAGUUUUAACUAAAAUCUAAAAAGAUUGACAUUUAAUUCCUUUAAAAGGAUAGAUUUAUUGGAUUAGACAAUUAAAUUAACGCAAGAGCCUUUGAUAGAAAUAUAUAAGAUAAAGUGUUAAGUACUUUAGAUAUUGAAUAUUAAUGGUAGUGUAAUAAUUUAUUCAAUUUAUAACCUUGUAAGACAGAAGAAAAUAAAAUUAUGGAAUUUCCGUCCAGAAGAAUAGCUGAUAUUUUUGCUGAUAGUUAAAAUACUACUUUUGUCUUUUUUGUUAAAGCAUCCAAGGAUAAUAGAUGGACAGUAAAAGAGUAAUUGAUUGUUGUCACAGAUUUUGAAAUCGAGGAAGAAUUCGUUUUAAAUUAAGAAAUCCCUCAAAAAGCUGUCAAUCUUAAUGAUGAAAUAACUAUUUUAAUUAGAAAUAAUUAAAAAUAUGCUUUCAUUAUGCAAGAAUUCAAAAUUCUGGCAUCUAUCAAAACUACAGGCUAAAAUUUAAAGUUUAGACUCACAGGAUUAACAACCGAUUACAAUAGUCCUGUGUACAUAUAUCUAGUUCCAGGAAAUGAAUCCAUAGCAUUUCACCUAAACAGUCCUCCUUCUGAAGUUUAAUUCAAUGUAGAUCCUCUUUUAGGUGAAUCUUUAGAUUACUUUAACUAUUCUAUGGAAAACUUUCAAACUGGCUAUACAUUUAGCAUUUAUUACUAUUUUGAUAAGCAGAAUCUCAAAAAUGAUAUAAGCCUAUAAUCAGUUAAUAAUGGUAUCCCCUUGGUGAUUAAUUCACAAGAAGUGACAGGCUCCUUCUAACUUCCAAAUGGAAUUAUUGAUGAUGCAAUAUCUGUUCUGUGUUAAAUUGAAUCAGAAAAGGGGUCAAAGUCCUAUUUAGUUUAGAAUAUUCAAGUCAAUAGAAAAAAUUAUCAGACUAAUAAAUUAUACUAAUCCUUCAAUAAUCAAACUAAUUUUUCAAAUUUGCAAAGCAUUCAUACUAUGACUAAAUUAAUGGAAAUCGAAUAAUAAUAGGUCUGCUUGAAACAAUGCUCAGGUGUUGUGCAAAUGUCCUCCAGAAUAUUAUUUCGAUGA